UUUGAAAAUAUAAUAUCCGUGUUUGUUUUGGCGGUCUUUCUUUUACAAUGUAUCUGGUCUUCAAGUUUUUUUUUUUUAUAUAUUCUAAUUUUUUUAAAUUUAUAAUGUUAUAUAAUAAUAUAUGUGAUUAAAAUUAUACUUUCACCAUGACUGAUCUACAAAAUAUUCGUGCUGAAGUCAACAAUGCCUUCAAACUUAGUGGUUUUACAAUACGACGAGAGGCGAGCACAUUCGUCGCUGAACAACUUUGUUCUUUAUCAAUCCAAGAGCGACAAAAGAUGUUGGAAAAACUAACUGCUCAUUUAUUACGGCAGUGCCUUUCACAACCAGUAUUGGAGAAAGAACAUAUAGAGAUUGCAUAUAAAGAAUGUACUUCCCAUGGACUCGAAGAAACAGAGACUGUGUUAAAUGUAAUUGAUGCAUUCAGUAUACCAAAGUUGAAUUAUGAUAACGAGAGGAAAAAGUUUGUUAAAGAUGUGCAUACUAGUAAUAAUUUGUUUCCAGAACCCAAAUGGAAGGCUCAGUAUUUGAUUGAUAGGUAUAUGAUUAUAUGGCAGCGGACAGUGCGAAAUAAAUUAUUCGCGCUAGAAGCACUACCCAGUAUGGCCGAAGAAAAACGGUUUCAGUUGCGUAAAAUAGAGGUAUUACUUAGUUCUUCUAGUAAAGUUAAUGAUGUAAUUGUAUUGGGAUUGUUAACUCAGUUGACAGAAGGAAAAUACCAUUUAGAAGACCCUACUGGCAGUGUGCUAUUGGAUAUGACUCAGACAAGAUACCAUUCUGGUUUAUUUACUGAGAAUAGCUUUGUUUUAGCCGAGGGUUACUAUGAUGACAAAGUCUUGCAUGUUAUGGGCCUUGUGCUGCCUCCGUCAGAAUGCAGAGCAACAUCACUACCUUAUUUUGGUAAUUUGAAUACUUUUGGUGGCAAAUCUAAGAGCUUACUUAAGAACUCCAAAAAUCUUUUAAAGUUAGAACAGGAAAAUGAGGAUGGAAUGUUGAUAUUUUUGUCUGAUGUUUGGUUGGACAAUCUGAAAGUUAUUUCAAAGUUACAAACCUUAUUUUCUGGUUAUAAUGACUUUCCACCAAUUGCUAUUAUAUUUAUGGGUGAAUUCUUAUCAUGCCCAUAUGGCUUUGAACAUAGUAUACAGCUUAAAGCUGCAUUAACUAAUUUAGGAGACAUUUUGUAUCAAUACACAAAAUUGAGAGAAUCUUGCAAAUUUAUUUUUGUCCCUGGAAAAGGGGACCCUGCUGCAGCAAAUAUACUUCCAAGACCACCAAUUCCAAAUUCUGUUACAAAAGAAAUAAGAGAGAGAUUGGGUGACUCUGUUAUAUUCACAACGAACCCGUGUCGCAUACAAUAUUGUACUCAAGAACUGGUAAUUUUAAGACAGGAUUUGGUCACAAAAAUGUGUAGAAACUCUAUACAUUUUCCGGAAUCAGGAGAUAUACCUGACCAUUUAACUAAGACAUUGUUAAGUCAGUGUACACUAUCUCCAUUAACGUUGGGAGUGCAGCCAAUUUACUGGCAACACGCAGAUGCAUUGAGUCUUUAUCCGAUGCCUGAUUUAGUUGUGGUGGCUGAUCACUUCCAACCUUAUACUAGAUCGUACCAAGACUGCCAAGUUGUCAAUCCUGGUUCAUUUCCCCGUACUGAAUAUUCAUUUAAAGUGUACAUACCAUCCUCAAAAACAGUUGAAGACUCACAGAUACCUAAAGAUGAUAGUUGAUAUUAAGAUGUGCAUUACUAUUAUUGUAAGUGGAUAUAAAAAAAAAUAUUUGUAAUAAAAAACCCUUUGUUUUUA